AGCAGCUCUCCUUCUUGUGUGUUUCAGCCCCAUUGAACCUGCGAUGGGAAGGACAUUCUAAUCGCGUUUACCGGUCGGUGUGGUAUAGUAGUAGUGGGAUGAGAUCCACCCUCCCUCCCCCCUACCCACCAGCGUGGUCUCCCCGGCGAUGAAUAAUGUAGAAGGGAGGGGUGGAGGCCACUGAGCGUGUGCAAGGAGAAGGGAUCCCUCCCCCUUCAGCCCCAGCCCCCUAGCCUGCAGCUGCUGCUGGUGCUGCCUAUUACAGAAGGUCAGUGGGAGAGAGAAGAGAAUAGAGGGCAGACAGGAGAGGAUGGUGUGUUGAGAACGAGGGAUAGAGAGAGAAAAACGAGAGGGGUGGGGUGCCGGACGGACGAAUGAACAUGCUGAGAGGAGAAAGUGUCGUCCUCCAGCGAUGACAGCAAUGCUGAGUCCCAAGAUCAGACAGACCAAGAGAGCCCGGUCCAAGAGCAUGGUGAUGGGGGAUGUGUCCCGGGGCCCAUGCCGGCCAUCCUCCCCCAGUCUCCAGGAGGGGGCUCUGAAGGCUGGCUGGCUGAAGAAACAGAGGAGCAUCAUGAAGAACUGGCAGCUAAAAUGGUUUGUCCUGCGCUCCGACCAGCUCUACUUCUACAAAGACGAGGAGGAGACCAAGCCACAGGGCUGCAUACCUCUGCAGGGCUGUCAGGUGAACGAGCUCACCGCCAACCCAGAAGAACCAGGGAGACAUAUUUUUGAAAUCAUUCCAGGUGGUACAGGAGGAGAAAAGGACCGAGCUGCUAUCAGUCAUGAGGCCAUUCUGCUCUUGGCCAACUCCCAGAGUGACAUGGAUGACUGGGUCAAGGCCAUACGACGGGUCAUCUGGGCACCCUUUGGAGGAGGGAUAUUUGGCCAGAGUUUAGAGGACACAGUCCAGUAUGAAAAGAAAUUUGGCCAUCGCCUGGCACCUCUUCUGGUGGAGCAGUGUGUGGACUUCAUAAGGGAACGAGGUCUGGAUGAGGAGGGUCUCUUUCGGAUGUCAGGGCAGACUAACCUGGUAAAGGAUCUACAGGAAGCCUUUGACUGUGGGGAUAAGCCUCUAUUUGACAGUAACACUGACGUCCACACAGUGGCGUCCCUGCUGAAGCUCUACCUCCGUGAACUGCCUGAGCCUGUCGUCCCUUUCUCCAAGUAUGAGGACUUCCUCGCCUGUGCUCAGCUGCUGGCCAAAGACGCGGAGGUGGGUGUACAAGAGCUGGGAAAGCAAGUGAGCAAUCUUCCUCCAGCCAACUACAAUCUCCUGAAGUACAUAUGCAAGUUUCUUGAUGAGGUCCAGUCUCACGCAAUCAAAAACAAGAUGAGUGUACAGAACCUGGCCACUGUGUUUGGACCAAACAUCCUCCGGCCUAAAAUGGAGGACCCAGUGGUAAUUAUGGAAGGGACCUCCCUAGUCCAGAGCCUCAUGACCGUACUGAUCAGUGAGCAUAAACGUCUGUAUUCGGGGAGGGGGGAGCUGGAGGUCCCUGUUCCCCAGUCAGAGGUGACCCUCCAAGGCCAACAGCUCCAGCAGCACAGCAUCGGUGGCUGGAUUUCUGAGGAGGACCUCCAGAGCUGUCCCACCAACCCCAACGAGGACCUCGCCUGCAGCAGCGCUUCUUCUCUGGAUGCUAAACUCUGCACCGCCACCACCCCUCCACUCAGACUCGCUCCUUCAGGGAAGGGGGAGACGGUGGUCAGCCCCAGCAAGCAGACCAAGAAUGUUCCCUCCUGGAAGUACUCCUUCAAGGGCUCCUCCACGCCGCGGCCCCCUCCUCAGGCCAAGCCGGCUGUUUGCGCGGCUGACGUCGGUGCGUCCUAUAGUGGAAACUGGCUGAUGAACGGACUGUCCUCUCUGAGGAGCCACAGGCGCACCGCCUCGGGGGAGCGUGUCAGGGACUCCACCAGCUCUUCCCAGAGACUGUCCACCUAUGACAACGUCACCUCUUCCUCCAGCAUGGGCAGUGUCCCUAGCGUAGCCAGCACGCCUUGGUCCACCUCCUCCUGUGAAAUCGCUGCACCUGACUCAGGCAGCGAGUCCUCGGGGCCUAACUGUGGUAACGGGAAGGGUCCAGGGGAGUGCCAGUGGCAGGAGCUAGCCUUACCCCAGCACCAGGGCCAGAUGGGAGACCGGGAGGAGGAGAGAGUUGGAGAUAGGGUCUCAGAGCAAGAACAUGACAGUAGUGAAGCCAUGGAGCUGUGUGUUAGCAGUGCAGGCUGCAGUGACAAUGGGAACACCAUAGCCAAUAUAUUGGUGCCGUCCAUCUUGACGCCGGAAGAACUUGACGGAGGCUCCAAAGUACUUACCAGCCUGGUGGAGGGUCUGAAGGACGAGCUGAGGAAACAGAAGGUGGCCUAUGAGACCAUCAUCAAAAAGCUGGAGGAGUCGAGUGUUGCUCUGUGUGCUCAGAUGGAGCGCCUGGAGCAGGAGAUGGAGCAGGAGAGGAAGAGGCAGCGCAUGCUGGAGAUCAAGCUCCGCAACUCAGACCGAGGCCGUCACGAUGCAGAGAACAGGAACCGGCUCCUGGAGAGGGAAAUGGAGGACUUCUUCUCCACUCUGGGAGACCUGACUCUGGGAGCAAGGACCAGCAACAUUUAAUAGCCCUGGUCAUAGACUUCUAUAGUCUCUUCCCGCAGCCGAGUGCCAUGAGUCUGGCAAGGGAGACUAAGAAGUACAUAGACUCAAUUAAUAAUACUGCAUGUUGUCCAACGCAGGCAGCUGCAUCUCUAUCUUUCCUCAGGCCUCUAAGUGUGCCUAUGACUACCAUGAGUAUCUAUCUGGUGACAAAGCCUCGGUCCUUGGUUUUACUCUGGUCAACUCUGUCCGUAUACCUUUAAUGUAAAACAAAGGGGUCAACUACUAUCAUUAUGACUGUACAAUAAUCACGGCUUUGUUAAUCAUAUGCUGCCUACUACAGUACACAAUGUGCAAAUACAACAAUACCAAAUACUCUGCUUAUAAGGUCCAGUGUUGAAGCCGCCAUGACGGUUUGGGGCACAUGAAGCUGACCACUGCCCUCAAAGAAACAAUUCAAAGGUAUCCCGGCUGUGCCUUCAGGGACUUUUAGAAUUUAAAAAAGAAAACGGUGUGUGCUUGUCCAAAUGGUUCAUGUAUUGCUUAACCUUAAUUUAUCACCACUAUCCCCAGAGUUACUUGCAGUAAGGUGCCAAUAGUUCAUUGAAUGAAAAUGUUGAAACAGAAUGUACUGUAUGCUUCAGUGAAUGUAAUGUGUUGUUGAUCAAGCCAGCCCUGUAAAUUGAGUGUGAAUUAAUUAUCAAAACAUUGAUAUAGAUUUGAACGCAUAACAAUUAUAUACAUUCCCCCAGAUAAUUCUUAUGCGAGCGUUGCAUGUUGUGAAACUGUUGCUAGAAUCCCCAUUUUCAGCAAUUGAUUACUGCUACUGUUUAGACAUGUCUGGAGGCCUGAACACGAAACAUGAUCUGGUUCCUGAAGUCCCCUAUAAUCGUGUUUUAAUAUUGUGACAAUGUGUAUUAGUUUCAAGGCAAUGUGACUGUAUUUUGUUGUGUUCUUUUUGCAUUUCAUACAAGAAUCACAUGACUAAUGUUAUCUGAUGACCCCUUUCAUAUGCUGUUCCUAUGCUUACGUUUACAAGGUGGUGUUCUGAAAGACUUGGACUGAUUUAGACAAGAGUCUAUUGUUUAUAUUCUCCUCAAACGUAAACUUAGGUUAAAUAUUUAUAGUCUUUGAUUAAGAUUUGAAGGUGCUUAUUUAUUAUGAAUCUACACACUUGUAAUGAAUGGCAUUAUGGCAAUAUGAGCAAAUAAAGAUGACCGGUGUCAUUUUGUGAGUGAUGCUAUAUGGGUCAGCAUGCUUGUGUUCAGUUCAUCUUACACUUAGCACUUGGUGUGUACUCAUUGUACCACCAAAUUAUACAAAAUCUCAAGAUCAUGUACAA